AUGGCGUCUUCGUUGGCAGGCCUGCUCCUCCGCGUUGCGACGCUACUAUGUCUGUUCCAGUGUAUCCAGGCCAAAACAGUCACCUAUGAUUGGAAUGUCACCUGGGUGACCGCCAAUCCGGACGGUAUGACGGAUCGCAAGGUCAUCGGCAUCAACGGUCAAUGGCCCUUACCCGUGGUCGAAGUGGACAAGGGCGACCGCCUCGUGGUCAACAUGUACAAUGGCCUCGGCAACAAGGAUACCUCAAUUCAUUGGCACGGCAUGUUCCAAAAUGGCACGAAUGGGAUGGAUGGUGCGUCCAUGGUGACUCAGUGUCCAGUCCCUCCAGGCCAGUCCUUCACGUACAAUUUCACCAUCAAUCAAAAUGGAACAUACUGGUACCACUGCCAUACCAACAACUGCUACCCUGAUGGCUAUCGGCAAGCCUUGAUUGUGCAUGACAAGGAUGCAUACUUCAACGAUAUGUACGACAAGGAGUACACCCUGACGAUGAGCGACUGGUACCAUGAGCUCAUUGAAGACAUCAAGUGGAUCACCCUUACCAAUCCCACUGGCGCGGAGCCUAUUCCCCAGGCGUUUCUCAUAAACGAUACAACAUCUACAAGCCUACCAGUGAAAGCAGGAGAGUCGUAUCUCCUACGACUAAUCAAUGUCGGUGCCUUUGUCGCUCAGUAUUUCUACAUUGAGGACCACACCUUUAAGAUUGUCGAAAUCGACGGUGUUUAUACCGAACCUACCGAGGCCAGCACUCUGUAUAUUGCUGUUGCGCAGCGAUACACCAUUCUGGUAGAAGCCAAGAACUCCACGGAGAAAAACUAUCCUAUCGUCAUGGUCGCCGACUCGCAGCUCCUCGAUACAAUCCCAUCUGAUCUUCAGCUCAACGUCACCAGCUGGUUGGAGUAUAACAAGACCGCCGACUACCCUCAGGCAGUCAUGAAAGUAGCCCAGUCCUCCUCGCUGGAUCCGGUCGACGAUAUGAGCCUCGUGCCCUACGACCACAUGGAGCUGCUGCCUGAGCCUGACAUUACUAUCGAUGUGACAGUGAUCAUGCAAAACCUUGCCGACGGUGCUGGCUACGCGUUCUUUAACAACAUCUCCUACACCAAGCCCAAAGUCCCGACACUUUAUUCGGUGCUCUCGUCAGGAAACUACUCUGACAAUGACGAAAUUUACGGUGAAUUCACUCAUCCGACUAUCCUCAAAAAGAACCAAGUGGUCGAGAUCAUUCUCAACAAUGGCGAUACCGGAUCCCAUCCGUUCCACUUGCAUGGACAUAACGUCCAGCUCAUUGAUCGUGCCCCCGCAUAUGGCGCACACUUUUAUGACUAUCUCAACGGAGACCCCGUGCCAUACGACCCAUCCACCAAUGACUCCUUCCCUCAGUACCCUCCGCGUCGCGAUACAUUCAUCCUUCCGCCCCAGGGAUAUGUCGUACUCCGAUUUGUGGCGGAUAAUCCCGGUAUCUGGUUUUUUCAUUGCCACAUCGAUUGGCACUUGUCCCAGGGUCUGGCCAUGGUCCUCGUCGAGGCACCAGAACAACUCCAAGAGCAAGAAAAAGUAUCCUCGCAGGCUUAUGAUAAUUGCCGGGUCGCUGGUGUACCCUAUGAGGGCAAUGCUGCCGCUAACACGGAAGAUUGGCUUGAUCUGUCCGGCCAGAAUAGACAGGUCGACUGGCUCCCGGCUGGAUUCACCACCAAGGGCAUCGUGGCAAUGGUGUUUUCAUGCGUAUCUGCGUUCCUUGGAAUGGCGUUUAUCUCCUUCUAUGGCGCCAGUGGUAUUGAGACCAAGAAGAAAGAGACUGCUAUUGUAAAUGAAGGGUCGGCUUCUGUUUCAAGUUGA